AUGUCCGCAAAGGAUAUUUCAGAUGAGAAAAACAUAACGACUCAAGUGGUGUCUGAGUCUUCGGAACUUGAUCAUGGUAUAGUCAAAGACUGGGAUGGAGAGGAAGACUCCGUUCGCCGGAAGAUUGACUUUACCCUCAUCCCAAUUAUCGCUCUCGCAUUUUUCGCUCUCCAGAUGGACCGCGGUAACAUCAGCGCUGUUAUGACAUCUACAAUCACCAAGGACCUCCACAUCACAACCAAUCAAAUCAAUGUUGGCACCCAGCUGCUCUCGGCUGGCAUUGUGCUCUCAGAAAUCCCUUCAAAUAUUAUUAUGCAGCGCAUUGGGCCACGCGUUUGGCUGAGCGGUCAAUUGUUUGCCUGGGGACUCGUCGCGACCUUCCAGGCAUUUGUCCAGUCAUAUCCAGCGUUUCUGGUCACUCGAAUCUUGUUGGGAUUCUGCGAGGGUGGCUUUAUUCCCGGUGCCCUGUACUACUUGUCUACUUGGUACAAGAGAGACGAAAGCAGUGUGCGGAUCAGUUUCAUAUUCUAUGGGCAGUUGUUCGCAUCUGCGACUUCUAGUUUGAUCUCAGCUGGUCUGCUCAAGCUAGAGGGUGUGCAUGGAUUUGAGGGGUGGAGGUGGAUUUUCCUUGUCGAGGGUUUGAUGACUAUUUUCAUUGCAAUUGUCUUCACGCUUCUCGUCCCCCCAUCUGCCGGGGAUGGUCGUCCCCUGAUCUCCAUGGGGCGUUGGAGCUAUUUCACCGAGCGAGAAUCGCACAUUAUUCGCAACCGGGUUCUUCUUGAUGAUCCACUCAAGGCGAAGGGCCAUAUCCAGAUUACCAAGUCGGAUAUCUGGAAAACUGUGAAGCAACCGAGAAUUCUUCAGCAUGCCUUGCUGACACUGGUGGGCAUGUCUGGUUAUCAGGGCUUGGCCCAGUAUACACCCACCAUGAUCAAGUCGUUGGGAUUCAGUUCCAUCAAGGCCAACGUCUUGACGUCAGUUCCCGUGUACUGCAGUCUCGUCUUCCUGACCAUAUUGGCGUAUACAGCUGACAAAACCGGCCACCGUGGACCCUCUGUUCUCUUGUCUAUAACCUGGAACGUUAUCUCUUACGCCUGUCUACGCACCAGCAAUUCCCAUGCGUCAAAAUGGCACCGGUAUGGAAUCAUUGCCGUAGCCAAUGUCUCGGCCGCCAAUAUUCACAUUCUCAACGUUGGUUGGCUCUCGGUUUAUUGCCGGACGCCCCAAGAGCGUAGUGUUGCCAUGGCGUUGAUUGUCAUGGCCGCCAACUGCUCUGGUAUCUCCGGUUCCCAAAUCUUUCGCACAUCAGAUGCACCCAAGUACCUGCAUGGCCUCACGGCUAUCUGUUCUUUGGCUGGUGCGUCAUGGGUUCUGGCGCUGAUGCUCUGUGCUCAGUACUAUAUAUACCGGAAACGAGCGGUGGCUGGAGAUACAUAUCAGGAGAGAAAGGUCUCUGUUUGA